UAUUAUGAGAAAUUGGAUAGUGAAAGGAGGCACCUUUCCAGCAAAAAAGCAAAAGCAUAAAGGUAGAAAAUUAGAAAUAAAGAAUGUAUGAGUAAAAGAUGGAGUGAGAAAGAAGAAUUGGAGAUUGCUGUAGUCUAUAGAGGAUCCACAUCCACUCUAGAGGUGAAUGUUUUUGGUAAGUGACAGGGAAGUAGUACUAGUAAGUUUCAGAAUAAUAAUGUUUGUGAAAUGUUGUUUUGGCGAGGGAAAUUCAAGUGGUAGUGGCAGAGGGUAUCCAACAGUAAUCCAAGAGCUGUGCCGUCCUUUUUCUCUGUCUGAUCUUAAGAAAGCAACCAACAACUUUGAUGAAAAGAGAAUAAUUGCAAGAGAAGGAUUUGGUGAAGUAUACAAAGGUUAUUUCCGACAUAAUGAUGCUUCUCAUUAUGAACUCGCAGUGAAGCGAUUUAAUAUUGUGACAAAAUAUCGUGAACGGGAAGAACAGUUCAAGAAUGAAAUAGAGUUGCUCUGCCAGCUUGGUCACCCUAAUAUCAUCUCUCUUAUAGGAUUCUGCAACCACAAAGAUGAGAAGAUUGGUGUGUUCGAGUACAUGUCCAAUGGAUCUCUAGAUCAACACCUGCAUGCACUGUCAUGGAAGGAAAGGCUAGAGAUAUGCAUUGGAGCAGCGCGUGGACUACACUACCUUCACGCCGGAUUGAAGCGCACCAUCAUUCACCAUAAUAUCAAACCUAGCAACAUUCUUUUGGAUCACAACAUGCACCCAAAAAUCACGAAUUUCGACCUUAGCGUAAAGGGAGCACAUUUUAUGACAAAGCCUAAACCAAUUCAAGUAUUGCCUAGAGGUACUGUUGGCUACGCAGCUCCGGAGCAUGUCAUGGAAGGUACCGUGACAGAUAAAUGUGAUGUUUACUCAUUUGGUAUAGUUCUACUAGAUGUUGUGUGGAGAAGAACAAUUUUCGACAUUGUAAGAGAAGGAGAAGCAAGAGAUUUUCUGGAGAAGCCUGUUGAGGAGAAUAUUGAUCCAAAUAUGAUUGGUAAGAUUGCACCGGAGUGUUGGCAAGUGUUUGCAGAUAUGAUGGUAAGAUGCUUGGAAUAUGAAGCUGAUGAGAGACCAACAAUGGGUGAAGUAGAGGUGGAACUUGAGCGUGCUUUGUCGUUACAAGAACAACAAGAUAUCGCAAACACCAACGGUUCUUAUACCUUAAUUUCCACCACCAUUAUUCCCAGCGAAGAUAUAUGGGUGAAUAUAUGGGUGAACGGCGGAACCGAUUCUAUUAUAGCGAUUCUGAAUAGUAUUGUAUCCGUAGGUGAUCAGACUAGCUGAGCUAAAUGACUAAAUGUUUAUCUUUUGAGUCAAAACAUGUUAGGAUUCAUCCCAAGUCCCACAUCGGUAAAAUGAAGGAACAUUGGCCACUUUAUAAGUGUCCACCAUUCCACAUAGUAUGAGGCCUUUUGGGAAGGAGCCCAAAAACAAAACCGUGCGGGCUUGGGCCCAAAGCGGACAAUAUCAUACUAUGGUGGAGGAACGGGUGGACUAGCAGGCCGUACAAGUGGUAUUUUAUUCUCUUUUAAUGCCAGUUGCCUAACAAAAACAGUCACAUAGUAAGUUUUUUAUUUGAUCCCUGGUUCUGAUAUUGA